AUGAGGCUCCUACAACAGAUUUUGCAGUUAAUUGUUGUUUGCCUUGUGACCUGCAAUGCGCAGCAAAUCGAUAAGUGUGCAGGAGCUAACGGAAUUCCUGGGACCCCUGGACAAAAUGGGCUUCCAGGGAGAGACGGGAGAGAUGGUAUGAAGGGGGACACUGGAUUACCAGGUCCAUCUGGACCCCCAGGAGGAAAUCAAGGGCCAGCUGGACGAGAUGGGUUUCCAGGACCCCAAGGGCCACCUGGUGCAACCGGUGAAAAGGGACCCAGAGGAGAUAUAGGACCGCAAGGUAAACCAGCCUCAAUGGAUCUUGAACUACAACGUCAGCUCUUAAAAAUAAACCAUCAUAUCAGCAGACUGGAGAGAGUUCUAGUUUUGAAAGGAAUGGUUAUGGAAGUAGGUGAUAAGAUACUGGCUACUAAUGGAAAGGAAGUGGACUAUGCCACCACCAAAGCCACCUGUGAAGCUGUGGAUGGAAGAAUCGCAGCGCCAAUGAACGAUGAAGAGAACAAUGCUGUCUUAAGUAUUGCAAAGGAGUAUAACAGAUAUGUGUACCUGGGAAUAAAAGAGGGACCAAAAGUGGGACAAUUUCAUUACCUAGAUGGGGCACCAGUAAACUAUACGCACUGGAAAAAAUACGAGCCCAGCGGCAAAGGACUAGAACCAUGUGUUGAAAUGUUCACUGACGGCCAAUGGAAUGACAAGACCUGCAAUCAAUAUCGUCUCACUGUUUGUGAAUUUUAA